CGAUUCACGCGUCGUACGAGUAAGAUCGAAUCAAGUGGCAAAUAAAAUAUUUAAAAUAAAAGGAAAUGAAAGUGUUUUUUUGGUUAAUAAAAACAGAAAAAAAUCGAAAUUUAGUGAUGAUGUGGUGACAGAUGUACAAAUACUUAUCUAUCGAUAUGAGCCAUUUAAGAAAUAGGUUAAUAUAUUUUCUCUUUUGUUCAUUUUUACACUAUUUUCCAUAUUUGUUAUAUACAUUGAAAAUGUGAAAAUAGUCAGGUGGAAGUGAUAAAUAAUAUUAUUUAUGAAUUGGAAAUAAAUAUUGAAUAAUAAACAAAAACAAGUAGUAGUGUAUUAAAUAAAAAACACCAGACUUAUGAAUGAUCUUGAAACAAUAAAAUGAUUGGAUUAGUGGUAAAAUUGAAGGAUGUCAAGUGAUUUAUAUCAGUGUCGUAAAAAGCAAAACCGUAAAAAAGGGAAGAAAUAAAACGCGUGACACAUGUCGUCUUAACGAUCGUAGAUCAAGCUCACAAACAGCAUCCUUACAUAGAAGUUACUAUAUUGAAAGCAAGAUUUCAAGACGGAUUAUAGUGUAAGUGAAGAAAAAUCUAGUUGUAGAAAUGGAUCUUGAAGUUCAGAAAACGGCUUUCUGCCUCAGGAGAAUUUAAAUAGAACUCACUAGCCCGUGUAAGAAAAAUCAUUUGACAGGGAAACCGUAAAAAACACAAGGGGUAAAAAGUGAUUGAAGAAGAAUGAGAAAGCAGGAAAGGAAAUGAAUUCACCACAAGAUGGGCAGAUUCGAUUGGUGAUACUCUUCAGCCGUGUCAAUUUCGGCUUGAAGCAAAGGAAAAAAGAGACAUGUCCCCAGAUGGAACAGUCACCUUGUUGUCUGCCGACAACAAAACCAUUUUGGAACUUGAUAACGAGGUUCUUGAUCUUAAGAAUAUCACCAAUGAACGCUACGACGUAUCCUACGAUUCACCAAAUACUUCGUUUACUGUUGAGGUCAACGCCACAGCUGAGAUUGACUCUUUCUACUUUUACGAGACAGAGCAAUUUACAGUACUUUGGCUGCUCUUUAUUGUGAUUGUCGUUGGAAAUGUAUCAGUACUGUUGGGUUUAAUAAUAGGGAAACGUCGAAAAUCACGGAUGAAUUUUUUUAUUAAACAAUUAGCAUUAGCUGAUUUACUAGUUGGAUUAAUAUCAGUAUUAACAGAUAUCGUAUGGCGAUUAACAGUAGUUUGGUAUGCAGGCAAUAUAGCUUGCAAGCUCAUAAGAUUUUCUCAAACUGUUGUAACAUACAGCUCAACUUAUGUAUUAGUUGCUCUUUCAAUAGACAGAUACGAUGCCAUUACAAGGCCAAUGAACUUUUCUGGAAGUUGGUGGCGGGCUCGAGCUCUCAUUGCAGCAGCUUGGGGACUGUCUGUGUUAUUCAGCAUUCCUAUUAUUUUCCUUUACGAAGAAAAAUUAAUACAGGACAAAAAGCAAUGCUGGAUAGAUUUGGGUUCUGCAACGCGUUGGCAAAUUUAUAUGAGUUUAGUGAGUUUCACGGUAUUUAUAGCACCUACAAUAAUUAUUGGUGGUUGUUACAUGGUCAUUGUAGCGACAAUAUGGUCUCAAAGUAGUGCACUUCGUCAAAGUCCAAUGAGAGAUGACCGAAGAGCAUCAUCAAGAGGAUUAAUACCAAGAGCAAAAAUUAAAAGUGUUAAAAUGACAUUUGUUAUAGUUUUUGUUUUUGUACUUUGUUGGAGUCCAUAUAUAGUCUUCGAUUUACUCCAAGUGUAUGGAUAUGUACCAAGAACACAAACAAAUGUUGCAGUGGCGACAUUCAUCCAGAGUCUUGCGCCUCUGAAUUCAGCGGCUAAUCCAAUUAUAUACUGUUUAUUUAGCACGCAAUUUUGCAAGAACGUACGAAACAUGCAGGCGAUUUCCUGGGUUUCGGGAUGGUGCUGUACGCGUUCACAUCACUGCUUUAGCUCCAAUAAUAUUCGGCGCAGCACGAGAACGACAUUGACUACCACUUCGUUGACAGCUCAUUCAUCAAGACGAAGUGGGCAUAUAACUAUAUCGAAUACUAAAUCUCAAAAGCAUGUAAUGGUAUCAUUCGUUUGAAAAAUCCAAGUUUUUCAUCACAAAAUUUACCCUCGUUAUGAUAAUUGAAAAAAAUAAUAACAAUUUUUGCAAACAAUGUCAAAUAUUAAAUAAUUAAACAAUAAAAUUUUGAUUCUUAUUUGUUUAUAUCGAUAAAA